CACGGCCUUAAGAUUUCCCGCUGUGAUAUUCCCCACACACUAUUCAUUCCUGUUUACUCUCUUAGCCCCUUGACGUUUUGAUGUGCUUCAGGUUUGUGGCCACGUUGAAAACAUUGGCUUACAUGCCACCAAGCAUCGCAUGUGAUGUGUUUCAUGACGUGACGCGUUCUUCUAAUCAGCUUAUGAAAUCGGUUUCAAUACUGGUUGUUGUUCUUUUUUUUAAAUAUAUGACUAGUUUUAUUACAAAAGUGGGAAGAUUUGUGACAGACGAAGAAAUAGGUUUCAACGCUGGCAAAUUUAUUUGGCAUAUGUAAACAAUUUACAAACAGCAUUUGACUUUACUUAACUCUUAUUUAAAUAUUUCAAGAUCGUGUUUGCAUAUUACGAAUAGAUGACGAUUGCUUUUGACCAAAUGUAAGGUAACCAAUAAUCACUUGGUAAAUAUAACUUGUGUAAGUUUGAAUGAUGAAGAAUAGAUUGUAAGGCUUGUUUGAAAGUGUCACCGGAGUCCUAAAGAUGUUUCUGUGUUAUUAAAAUGGUGAUAAUAAUGGUUCACAAACGCAAUGACAUUUUUUUUCAUCUUCGGUCAAGUAUUAGUAUGUGGAUUAAAAAUGUUGUGUUAAGUGUAAAGUUGCAACCAGGAAGUGGUUAUCGCUUUCAUUGAUCGCUUUCAUUGGCUGGAGUUCAAUACACUCCUCAAGGAAAUUAAAUUCAUAGCCAGAAUAUUGAUCUAAAUGUACUGCGAACAGCAUGUCCUAUGUUUCUCUCUCAGUAUUUGUAAACUCUCUGUCUCUCAAUCAAUCAGUCAGUCAGUCUGUCUUAUGUCUGUCUGCCUGUCUGUUUCUCUGUCUGCCUGUCUGGCUAGCUGUCUGUCUGGCUGGCUAUCUAGCUAGAUAUCUCCAUCUAUCUCCAUCCCUCCCUGUUUUACAUGGUUUACUGCACGCUUUUAUUUUAUUGUUUACGCCAUCUAUUUAAUGGAAUCUAUAUAGACAUCGCUAUAUGUGCUUAACCCUUUGAAGAUGAACACAAAUGGUCUUCCUUGAGUCAAAAUUAGUAUGAUGAAUAUAAUGAAGACAAUAUACUGGUGAGCAUGUGACUGGCUCAUUGGGUCCUCUGCAGUAUCUAGCUUCACAAACUAUACUCACCAAUAUAUGCACGUGCUGGUUAUGGUGUGCUGUUAGAAUGUAACGGAGGAACAACUACGCAGCUGUUGACUCAUCCACAGAACGACAUGGAAUACCAGCUUCUCUCUACACUCCUAACAGGUACACAGUUUUAUGUCAUCUAUUUAAUUUGUAGUGCGCAAUGGAUGUCUUCAGAUCUCACAUAAACUGGACAGUUACAGACAAUUUACAUUUAUGUUACAAACAGGACAAAACUAAUAAACGGGUAUGUUAUAGGGACAAAUUCGCUACUUUUAAUAUCCUUAAGGAUAAAAUCUUAAACUGAAUGAAUCACAACCAUAACAAUUUGAUUGAAAACUCAAGCAGCAAUAGAAUUUAAUUUUUGAAUUGUUCUAUGGAACACAACUUUGACUUAACCAAAACAAAAAAAUCAAAACAAUUAUUUGACGUUCAAGUUUGAGUGCUCUAAUUCUGUUUGUGCCAUUAUUUGUGUUGCAGUUCUGUUGUACAACUCCUUGCUGCCGGUCACUUCCUUCAGAACAAGACUUACAAGGUCUUUAUCUGAAGGUAAUAUUGUCGUAUUUUCUUUUUAAAUUUAUCCAAUCGAAUGUUUCAUUCCAUUUGUUUGAAAAUAUAUAGUUUUAUUACAUUUGUGUAUAUAUAUUUAUAUAUAUUGUUGUAAUGGUUUUUCAGAAAGCAAUGAACUGGUCUAUUUUAUAGUCAAUGGGUCAAGGACACUCAACGUUAGCGCAGGGAUGGACGUGUCCUUCUACUGUUACAUAAACUCACCAUCUCACUUCAGUGGAGAAAUCUCUGGAAACGGAUUCGGAAAGAUGCAGACAGUCCGUUUUGAUAGGGGAUCGACUCAGCUCCCUCUGGUCGGUGUGUCUUGUGAGGACACGGGGCGCUACAUGUGCAGAGUUGUCGGUGAUGUCGCCCACGGCACAUUCACACAAACCGAAGCCUUUGUGCAGCUGAAUGUCCCGUGUAUGUUCAUGUUGAAUUUCCCCUAUAUGUUCAUGUUGAAUACCCUCUGUAUGUUCAUGUUGAAUCCCCCGUCUAUGUUCAUGGUGAAUUUCCAUGUAUGUUCAAGAUGAAUCUCACUUGUAUGUUCAUGGUGAAUGACUCUUGUAUGUUCAUGGUUUCCCAAAACUCAGUUUUAUAAUUGGUUUAUAUAAUUUGUUUAAAACUUCUGUAAACUUGAAGCACAAAAUGCUUUUUUUUUUUUUUAAAUGGCAUAUUCGUCAAAUAAAAACAUCGCGAAACGUCGAAAAGGUAUCAUGUCUUUACAGAGACGCUGGAGUUAUAUUCGCCGAAACAUAUCUUGUGAUUAUUCCAACUAUCAGAAUAUUCUUUUAUAGCAUGAGCAUAGAUUAAUGGGAAAGAACAUGUUAUAUACUUUUUAAAAAUAUAUUUUAACGACCAUCAACAAUCAUUAUCAGUAUUAUCUAAACGUUACCACUUUUUUCAAUUUUCUUUUUUUGCUUGUAAUGAUAAAGUGGUCAACUGAUUGAGUAGCAUCAUUGUUUCCUCACAGGUCCACAAAAGUUACGCUAUCCACUGGAUUCCAAGGACAUCCUCAGCCUCCAGUCCUCGCCUAACACAAACACGAUUCUUACACUGGAGGUGUACGGGUACCCGCAGCCCACACAUUUCAACCUGACGCAAGAGAUGGACUCCACGAGUGUGGUUGUGGAGGCUUCCAAGUACAGCGUGACGUACACGGAGUGGGUGCCGCCCAAUGGGCUGGUGGCCCUCAUCCUGUAUGAUAACACGUAUGAGAACUCCACCACCUACGUCCUGACAGUGGGCAGUCCGGCCGGCGACCUGGAGUUUAAAUUUGUGUCUGUUAAGAAAUACCCUAAAGGUGAGGCGUUCAGGGUGAUGGAGGGGGGGAUCGGAGUGGAUGGCAGUUGAAAUGGAGUAGGAGGGAGUAGGAACAGCAAGGUAGAGGUGGCGGAGCAGAAACAAGGGAGUAGAAACUGUGGAGCGGGAACAUUGAAGUGGGAACAGUGGAGUGGGAGCAGUGGAGUGAGAGCAAUGGAGUGGGGAUAUUGAAUUAGGAACAGUUAAGUUGUAACAAUGAAAUGGGAUAAAAAAAAAUAUUAAAAAUCUGAUUUUUAAGCAUUAUUUAGAACAAGUUGAUGGUUAAUUAACUAACGUCAGUGAUAACGUCCUGAUGUUGAAAAUGCAAAGAAGUGAAAACAUAGGGGGGUUGGAGGAGGGUGGGGGUGGGUGAUGAUUGGGAAGAUAAAUCUGUCCAUUUCUCCUACCAUUAAUUCCUCAAGAUUAGUAGCGCAAUUUUUUAUUAGAAUUAUUUAACUCAUUAGUUUCUCAAAAACUGUGUUUAGACUUCAUGGGAGUUGUAUGAGUGUUGUAGUAGUGUGGCAUGAGUGUUGUAGUAGUGUUUUAUGAGUGUUGUAGUAGUGUGGCAUGAGUGUUGUAGUAGUGUUGUAUGAGUGUUGUAGUAGUGUUAUAUGCGUGUUAUAUGCGUGUUGUAUCAGUUAUGUGUGAGUGUUGUAUGAGCGCGGUGUCAAAAUAUUUGAACAUAAAAUUUGGUUGACAGUCUAGUCUGACGUUUUAAAUUUAUAAGCGACAGACAGAUUCUCGUAUUACAAUAUACACGAAAUAGGUUUAUUAAUGAUUUGUUUAAAAAUAAUUUAAGACCCAAAUUUAAACGAUUUUACCACUGUAUUUAAUCAAAUUUUAGACACUGAAAGUAUAAAUGAUUUAUUCAUAGUAAUCUUAUAAAAAGCUUUUCCCGGAAAAACAAAAAUCUCGCAUUUUCAUGUUUCUCUUUGAAGAUCACGUGGAUGACGACGGCAUCUGGAUUGGAGUUGGCGUAGGGGUGUGUUGUGCUGUAAUCAUAAUCCUCAUCGCAGUAGUGGUGUGCUGUGUCCGAGUGCAGUAUGACGCCAAGGAGCCGGAGACCGACCUCAACACAGAGGAGAACUUCAAUUUCAACCAGGCUGACGUGUCCACGCCGAGCAGACCUACUCUACAGUGUGAGUAGGAUGGAGUCGGUCUUAGGGGACACACUUGGGGAUCCUAAACAGACUGGAGUAAUGAUAUGGGGUAGGGGGGAUGCUACGUAGGUCGUACCAUUUCUUAGUCAACGACCACGGCACAUAUUCUCAACCUGUGAGUGUGUCGAUUCUGUCAUGUAAAAAAGUGCGACAUGAAAUGAAGCUAUCUCAUCAUAUCAGAAAUUCCGUUGCAAAGCAAAAGUAGUAUAUUAAUCUUGACAAUUUACUCGGAAAGCUAAUUUAGUAUAUUAAUCUUGACAAUUUACUUGGAAAACUAAUUUAGUAUAUUAAUCUUGACAAUUUACUCGGAAAGCUAAUUUAGUAUAUUAAUCUUGACAAUUUACUUGAAAAGCUAAUUUAGUAUAUUAAUCUUGACAAUUUACUCGGAAAGCUAAUUUAGUAUAUUAAUCUUGACAAUUUACUCUGAAAACUAAUUUAGUAUAUUAAUCUUGACAAUUUACUCGGAAAACUAAUUUAGUAUAUUAAUCUUGACAAUUUACUCGGAAAGCUAAUUUAGUAUAUUAAUCUUGACAAUUUACUCGGAAAACUAAUUUAGUAUAUUAAUCUUGACAAUUUACUCGGAAAACUAAUUUAGUAUAUUAAUCUCUACAAUUUACUCGGAAAGCUAAUUUUGUAUAUUAAUCUUGACAAUUUACUCGGAAAACUAAUUUAGUAUAUUAAUCUUGACAAUUUACUCGGAAAACUAAUUUAGUAUAUUAAUCUUGACAAUUUACUCGGAAAGCUAAUUUAGUAUAUUAAUCUUGACAAUUUACUCGGAAAACUAAUUUAGUAUAUUAAUCUUGACAAUUUACUCGGAAAACUAAUUUAGUAUAUUAAUCUCUACAAUUUACUCGGAAAGCUAAUUUUGUAUAUUAAUCUUGACAAUUUACUCGGAAAACUAAUUUAGUAUAUUAAUCUUGACAAUUUACUCGGAAAACUAAUUUAGUAUAUUAAUCUUGACAAUUUACUCGGAAAGCUAAUUUAGUAUAUUAAUCUUGACAAUUUACUCGGAAAACUAAUUUAGUAUAUUAAUCUUGACAAUUUACUCGGAAAGCUAAUUUAGUAUAUUAAUCUUGACAAUUUACUCUGAAAACUAAUUUAGUAUAUUAAUCUUGACAAUUUACUCGGAAAACUAAUUUAGUAUAUUAAUCUUGACAAUUUACUCGGAAAGCUAAUUUAGUAUAUUAAUCUUGACAAUUUACUCGGAAAGCUAAUUUAGUAUAUUAAUCUUGAUAAUUUACUUGAAAAGCUAAUUUAGUAUAUUAAUCUUGACAAUUUACUUGAAAAGCUAAUUUAGUAUAUUAAUCUUGACAAUUUUUUCGGAAAGCUAAUUCAGUAUAUUAAUCUUGACAAAUUAAUGGGAAAGCUAAUUUAGUAUAUUAAUCUUGACAAUUUACUCGGAAAGCUAAUUUAGUAUAUUAAUCUUGACAAUUUACUGGGAAAGCUAGUUUAGUAUAUUAAUCUUGACAAUUUACUUGGAAAGCUAAUUUAGUAUAUUAAUCUUGACAAUUUACUUGGAAAGCUAAUAUAGUAUAUUAAUCUUGAUAAUUUACUUGGAAACCUAAUUUAGUAUAUUAAUCUUGACAAUUUACUUGGAAAGCUAAUUUAGUAUAUAAAUCUUGAUAAUUUACUCGGAAAGCUAAUUUAGUAUAUAAAUCAUGAUAAUUUACUCGGAAAGCUAAUUUAGUAUAUUAAUCUUGAUAAUUUACUCGGAAAGCUAAUUUAGUAUAUAAAUCUUGAUAAUUUAUUUGGAAAGCUAAUUUAGUAUAUUAAUUUUUAAAAAAACUUUGCUUGAAAGAAAAAUAAAGUGUAUUGAUCGCUACAAUUCCAUUUAAAAUCAAAGGUAGUCUAUUAAUAAUGUGUGUCAGUGUGUUAAGUCCAUGAGAGCCUGGUUUGUGUCUUAAUAACGAGAACAGCUAGUUUGUACGGGUCAAUUUUGACUGGACGGUGACUGUAGGGGUAGAAGAAACAAAGGUGUUUAUGUAAAGGCUGGGAGAGGGCAGUUAGUCAGUCGUAGGGGAAGGAAGAGCGAGGGGAUCGGACCACGCACCGUGUAGUAGUGUUGCCGGCGAUCCCGUUAGUGGAUGUCGUUCUUUGGCUAAGCCUGUCAGCAGGACCUCGUUAUUAACGGGAGAAUCGGUGUUGGAUAAGUUGAGAAUUCAAAAAACGUUUACUAAUAUUACUUUAUAAGGACCUUGAGUCAAGUCUUAGUGUGUAGUGGUUUAAGAGUUUAGCACGUCAUACCCUAGACAAGGAAAGCACAAAGACACGCAAUGAAGUUCUUGGCAGUGAGUUCCUAAGUAAAAUGAGUAGUUCACACUUGCCUCUUGCAGUUAUCAACGUAAGUUCUCUCAGUCAAAGACGGCUUAAUAGGUGGGUCCUGCUGGUUGUGUUUUGGAGGGGAGUACUUGUUCCCGCUGGUUUUAAGCAGAAUAAAGUAUGCCGCCUACAAUUUUCUAUUUUCAGUGUACAUGCCCAAGAACACUGACACGUUUAUAACAUCCCUUUGAUGAUCAGCACCACCACACCGUCAGCAUCACCAUGCUGUCAGCACAACGAUGCUGUCAGCAUCAACAUGCUGUCACGUCAACACUACCUAUCUGUCUUACCACACCUUGAAGGAAACAUCGAAUCGAUAUACAUAGUGACAUACAAUGACAAGAGCGUCAUAUCCUUAAAGAUUGCAAUUGUAUCUAGCUCCUCUUUCAUUCAAACUUUAUGUUUACAUUUUUAGACUCAUUAUUAUUGUAUGUAGCAUGACUCUCAGAGAGGGAAAUUCAUUCAAAUGUACAGUAGAGUCAUAAAUUUCAGUAGAUGUCAUAUGUUUCUGUAGAUGCCCUAUGUUUCUGUAGAUGUCAUAUCUGUUAUUAGAUGGCACAUUUUCCAGUUGAUGUCACAUGUUUCAGUUGAUGUCAUUCGCUUCAUUUGAUUUCAUAUUUUAGUAGAUGUCAUAUGUUUCAUUAGAUGAAAUAUGUUUCAGUUGAUGUCAUGUGUUUUGAUGUUCAAUGACUUAUUGCGUAAAUAAAAGUCGAAUGGAAAUUUCAAA